AGCUUUUACGGUACACCACGUGUAACAAUAUGGGCAAGUACAAGGUUCUGACUCCAAAAACCGCCUUCCCUCUUUAUAGGAAAGACCCCAAAAGCGCCGAGUCGACCAUACAGAAGUCUAGUAGCUACAUGGGACUGUACGAGCUCCAAUCUAAAAGGACAGAGGCUCCUCAAUUCAUACUACACGAUGGACCACCUUAUGCUAACGGACCCCCUCACGUGGGACACGCCUUAAAUAAGAUCCUCAAGGAUUUCGUCAACCGAUACAAGGUCCUCAGAGGCUACAGGGUUCACUACCGGCCAGGGUGGGACUGCCACGGGCUACCGAUCGAACAAAAGGCUUCGUCGAGUAUUCCAAUUAAUGCCCACCCUUUAACGGUGAGAAAAGUUGCUCGGGACUACGCAAAGAGUGCGAUAAAGACACAAGAGAAGGCUUUUCGUAGCUGGGGGGUGCUUGGAGACUGGGGGCAUCCUUAUCUCACGAUGAGUCGGGAAUACGAGUCCAACCAGAUUGACGUGUUUUAUAACAUGUACAAGCAAGGCUGUAUAUACCGGAGUUUUAAACCGGUUUACUGGUCACCAUCUUCAGUCACUGCCCUCGCUGAGGCCGAACUGGAAUAUAAAGAUCACGUUAGUCCUUCAGUUUAUGUGAAGUUCCCAUCAAAAUUCCCUCAAAUAUUAGAAGGGAAACUUGUCCAGUCUUUAGUAUGGACUACAACGCCUUGGACGCUACCUGGUAACAGGGCGAUAUGUUAUAACCACGCCCACCAGUACAGCGUGAUUAAGGCAGAGUCUAGCAGUGAGCUAUUCUUAAUUGGGAGUGACGUAUUGAAUGAAAAAGGUUCCGAGUUAUUUGGAGAUUAUUCUGUUAUUGAUACAUUCCCUGGACAUUCCCUUGAAGGAGGGGCAUAUCAUAAUCCACUCACUAAUCAAUUAAUGAUUGCUAAUGAAGGGACUUUACCUUUUCUACCCUCAUCCCACGUCAGCUCUAAAGAAGGCACUGGGCUAGUACACACGGCUCCCGCCCACGGUUUUGACGAUUACACAGUUGGUAAGCGACACAGUCUGGAUCUAACAAGUUUAGUUAACGAGCGUGGGUGUUAUGAUGAUUGGGUGGGCGGAGACUUAUCUGGCUUGGACGUAUUUAAAUCCGGUAAUGAGAAGAUAAUAUCGUUAUUGAGGGCCAACGAGUCUUUGUUGCAUCAUUCACAGUAUAAGCACAGGUAUCCGUACGAUUGGAGGACGAAGGAACCAGUUCUGAUACGAUCAACUAAACAAUGGUUUGCAUCUUUAGAGACGCUGAGAGAUAAAGCCAUAAAAGCACUGGACGAUGUUAAGGGAAUCCCACCAUCAUCUGUGAAGAGGGUCACCGAUAUGGUAGAAAGUAGUCCGGAAUGGUGCAUAUCAAGGCAACGAGUUUGGGGUCUGCCUUUACCUGUCUUUUAUCCUCUUGAUAAUCCUGAUGGCUACCUUAUAACGGCCGAUACAAUACAACACAUUAAGAAAUUAUUUCUUAAGCACAGCUCCGAUUCCUGGUGGACCCUACCACUCACUGAGCUCCUCCCACCUUCGCUAACGAAGGAGGCGGAGUCUUACGAGAAAGGCUCGGACACGUUGGAUAUUUGGUUCGACUCUGGGUCAUCGUGGGCGACCGUCGUUGAAGGAGGCGUGGCUGAUAUGUACUUGGAAGGACAUGACCAGUAUAGAGGCUGGUUUCAGUCGUCACUGCUAACCAGUGUCGCUGUAAAUAAGACCAGUCCUUAUAAGCAGUUGGUAUGUCACGGGUUUAUGCUUGAUGGCCGUGGGAUUAAAAUGUCUAAGUCCCUUGGUAAUGUCGUUGACCCUGUUGAUAUUACAGAUGAGAAGAAACUAGGGGCUGAUGGACUUCGCCUACUCAUAGCUUUGUGUGAUUUCACGUCAGAUAUAUCUCUGACCAGUACACUGAUUGAGCAGGUUCGGGAGUUUUUAUUAAAGAUACGUACGACCAUCCGAUUUAUGAUUGGGAACCUUUCAAGUUUUGAUCCCCGGCGAGACCUCAUUCCUUAUUCGUCCCUCCCACCUCUUGAGCGUUACAUGUUGCAUGUUUUAUCGGAAUACUUUGAAUCGGUCGAGUCCUUAUACGAGGAGCUUAAUUAUUGUAAGAUAUGUCAUUUGAUUGAUGAUCUGAUUCGAAGUGAUCUAUCACCCUUUUAUUACGAUAUGAUCAAGGACUGCCUGUAUUGCGAUGAAGCAGCUAGCUUAAAGAGACAAUCCAUACUAACUGUACUUCAUUAUUUAUUGAAGUACACUACACUAUCACUUGGUCCAAUAUUACCUCACCUUGCUGAAGAAAUUAAUAAUCAUUAUCCAUUUAAAGAAGGUAGUGUUUUCAUGUGCGAAUGGCCACAGGUACCGUUAGAAUGGAAAAAUGAGACUCUUAAAUCUGAUUUUACCGUACUACGCAAGUUACGCCUUCUAACCACUAAAUGUGUCGGAGAAGAGAUUUUACAGAAAACUAUCCGAAGUCCACUGGAGGCAUGUCUACACCUGGCCACACCCACCAAUCCUUUAACAGAACUUGUUAAAGUAACUUUUGCUAACGAUAACUGGUGCAAUCUGGAAGACUUCCUAAAUGUCUCGAAAGUGUAUUUAAAUACGGAAAUUCCGUUUGAUAUUUCGUUUAAUUAUAUAGGUGGGCGUGUGCUAGCUGACGGCCAGGAAGUAAAUGUGAGAGUUGGGGUUGGGUCUUGUCAGGAGGGGGAGUGGUCAAAGUGUCCGAGGUGCUGGAAGUACGUCCCGACUGGACAAUUAAUUAAUGGAUUGUGUGUGAGAUGUAAUAAUGUUGAAUUAAAUUAAAUUAAAUUAUUUAUGUAUGAAA